UGCAAAGGUCAGCAAAGAGCACCACACAGAGCUAGAGAGAGAGAUCGAGAGUACGAGUCGAGCUAGAGAAAGUAACAAACUACGUAGGGGUGUAAACACAGACUAGACUCGACUGUAGAGAUACUCAUGGAUCAACCACCAACUCCUAAAAGGCUUGAUAGCUUCUCAGAGAGAACAUGUUGGGUCUGCUUUGCCACUGAAGAGGACGAGCCUGGAAGCGAUUGGACUUGUCCGUGCAUGUGUCGUGGUGCUACAAAGUGGGUGCACCAAGUUUGCCUUCAGCAGUGGAUAGACGAAAAGCAAAAAGGCAGCUCUUCAAUUGACGUUAGCUGUCCGCAAUGUCAGUAUCCAUAUCAAAUCCUCUACCCGAGUGCGAGUCCAUUCCUUGUCUGUUAUGAGUACCUAAACAGAGCGAUUACUUUCAGUGCCCCGAUGAUAUUGGCCGGGCUGACAGCAUCUUCAAUAUACUGGGUAUCCUUCACAUAUGGUAUAGCUGUAGCUACAGUGUCUCUUGGUAGGGAACGCUCUAUCGCAUUCUUUGGCAACCCCGAGUCUUCGAUUCUUGCUCUCACUCUUCCUCUCUUGCCCUGGGCUGUUCUCAGUGUGAAGUUGGUUCGAUUGGAAGUCCAGGCCCUGAAAUUCUGGUACAGAUUCAUCUCUCCAGCACUUUAUUCCCUAGCCAAGCGGAUUCCAAUUCUAAAAUCAAUGGCCACUGGACACAAUCCUCAAAAGAAAUUCAUGGCUGCCCCUGUGGCAGUACUCCCCUUUCUCUCUCGCUGUCUGCUUGGAACCUUCUCGCUCCCCUUGAUUGCCUCCACUAUCGGAUAUGCCCUCUCCUAUAUUCUGAAGUCACAGAGCUCUCUCAGAAGAACUUUACUGGGUGGAUCAAUAUAUCUUCUACUCUCCUACAUCGCAAAGAUCAGCAUUGAACACCACAGAGGCCGGCUGGUAGGAGCAAGUCCACCCACCAUGGCCACUGACUACAAUUUCCCGUAACUAGCCUAGGGAACUGUUGCAAGUCUCACAUGCUCGAUGGUCAAUGUACAUCAGUUCAUUUUUAUUUCUAUUCACUAGCUUAGAACUACUUAACUUAGUUUUCCUUCACCUGUGCUGAAAUUAUACACAUUAAUUAUAGGCAGACCAACCAAACAUUGAAUGCUGUGUUUCUUUUGUUUACUGUGUAGCUUUUUAGCUAUCUGAUUUUCUAAUUGAA